CAAACCACUACACACAUCUCACUGAUAAACAAUCACUGUGAUCGAUGUAUAAUUAAUUCGAAGCAAUGCGUUUCAAAUAACGUUGACGUAUUUUAAAUGCAUGUAUCAGUCAAAUCACUCAACACGUGUGCGUGUUUGUUUUAUUUUACUAACAGCGACAUGGAUUUUAUUUUUGAAUCGUGUUUUACUAAGGUCUACUUUUCUUAAUGUCGCUCAUGAAGAAUCAACAUCGCAUUCUUUAGAAUUUUCUAAGAAAGUUCCAGAGUCAUGCGGAGCAGUGAGGUGGUCCAGGAGGAAUUUACCUGUGACUGGACUUGUGAGUUUUCCCGGUUCUGGAAACACCUGGCUCAGGUUCUUAAUUCAAGAGGCAACAGGUGUCUAUACCGGAAGUGAAUACCACGACACAGAGCUGCGCAUGCGUGGAUUUCUUGCCGAAGGUGUGGCUAACUCCUCGACCAUUGUCGUUAAAACUCACGGAAGUGACGUCAUCACUCGCGACAGAUAUGAAAAAGCUGUGCUCCUUAUACGACACCCUAAGGGAGCCAUAAAAGCUGAGUUUAACAGGAUAUACGGCGGAGGACACAAAUCUACUGCUACACCGGAUUUCUUCGAAAAAUACUGGCCAGAGUUUUAUUCUGACCACCAGCGGGCGUGGGUUCGAUUCCACGAAGACUGGCAGACAUACAGGCGACCCCUGCUCGUCGUCUUGUACAGGGAUCUCGUCCAACAGACCAGUGUUCAGUUGAGGGAAGUACUCACGUUUUUAAAGGCUGACGUAGAUGAGGAAAGACUGAACUGCGCUGUCGCAUGCGGGAACGUUACGCGGCGACCGACGUCAUCACAGCUUCCGGUUCACGUGACAGAUAACAACCAAUCAGUUGAUGCGAUAUAUCAGCACGUUAUAAAUAUCUUUAAAAAAUCUACGGAAGCCGGAAGCUGAAUCUAGGAAACAAAUUAAACUCAUUGUAAAAAAAUUGUUUGCAUUAUAUAUGGUUUACGUCCCAUGUAGUUGCAAGAUAGUUUGCCGGUAUUACAAUUGAAAGACCUUUACAAAUAUCGGCCACAUUAAAAUAAUUUCAUUAAGAUUAGGCCUACAUCUAGCUAAACAGAACAAUACAACGGUCUUACGAUUUGUAUUAAAUUUGACUUGUCUGCAUCUAGGUUGCAGGUGUAGUAGAGUUCGACAUAUGAAAGGAUAGUGUGGUCGGCACUUUCACUAACUUGAGUUGGGUACCCAUCAGAGAUGGGCGAACUUAGGGAUGAUCUACUGACUUGAACACAGAUUUGAACUCGAGACUUUCGGGUUAGCAGUCUAGCGCUUUAUCCCUCCCAUAUAUUUAUUUUUAUCCGAUGGCCUAUUUUUCAAAGCUUUUUAUCUUUAUAUAAUUGUGUUUUUGGAGAUAUAGAUCUACUUUUAAAGAGUAGAUUAUGUUGUUGAAUAUUAUAAGCAUAAUACACAUUUUUAUUUGCUUAAUAGACUGUGUUUCUAUCAAUACUUUGCUUAAGUCCACAACUUGAUUAAAGAUUAUUUUCGUGUGGCAAGUAAUUAAUCCAUGCCUGAAUAAAAGAUUAUUGACAUUGAUCAGAGUUUCUUUCAGGCUUUUUUUCUCCAUUUUGGUGGAGUGGGCAUUUG